AUGUACUGGCUGUUGUUCGCGAAUUUCAGACGGAUGUCCAGGGAACGCAGCCUCACGUCGAGCGCGAAAGCUCGAAUGGAUCACGGGAGCGGCGUCGGCGUCGGCGUCAGGGUCGGCGUCGGCGCCGAUAAUCGAGGCGCCGUCAACCUUUGUGCAGGCGCGACGUUGAUGAAAAGUGUCUCGAUCUUCUUGAUGAGCGGCCGUAAAGCCUCCGUUAACAGCAACAGGCAGACUUCCGGCAGCCCGAAGCACGAGCCUCGAAGAAAACAUCGCAGGAGGAUGCCAGUCGCGGGAAUUACGAGAAGCUCGGCGUACACGGCCAAAUUGAUCGAAUCGUUAAAGAGGAAAACCAGGUUCUGCUGGUCGGAAUUGGAUAAUUUGUGCAAGCUGUACAAAAAGUUGACUACUUCUGGACAGCAACAGGUUGGACAAUCUGUUAUUAUCGGGAGGAGGACUCAGUCGAAUCAAACUAUAGAGGGUAUCGACAGGGUGAUUUUCCGCGAGUUGCUGCACAACACGUUCAAGGUAAUCACCGAAGACGUGUUGGUGGAACGUAUGUUCUGUUGCUGGGAUCGAGAAAACGAAGGGAUCAUCAGGCUAGAACCGUGGAUCAUGGGACUGGAUCUGUAUCUUCGUGGUAGUCUACGGGAGAAAAUUGAAUUUUGUUUCAAAGUCUAUGAUUUGAACAACGAUGGCUUCAUUACGAAAGAUGAGAUAUUCCAAUUAUUCAAGAAUUGUUUAAUCAAGCAGCCAGGAGAAGAGGAUCCAGACGAGGCGGUGAAAGAUCUAUCCGAAUUAGCGUUAAAGAAGCUGGACGUGGAUCGAGACGGGAAAAUCUCUUUUCAGGAUUACAAGGUAGCUGUGACGGAGGAACCUUUGUUGCUGGAAGCUUUUGGGCAAUGUCUGUCCACGGAUGAGAACUGUGCUGCUAUUCUAGCUUCGUUACGAUCAUAAGAUAAUGCGUUGAUCAGGAAGAAGGUUUUGGUUUUGGAUACGCGUUACUCGUAGCUUUACUGGAAAAAUAAUAGAACCACGUUAAUUAUAGCGAAUAAUAAAAUACACCGAAAGAAUUCGUAAUCAUGGCACCUGCCGUUUAUUAAAAACAAAUUCGAUAGUAAUCGUAAUUAUAAA